AUGAUGCGACAUGUUUAGAAUGUUCUAGAGGCACAUUCGCAUAUAAUUGCUCACAAAAGUGUAGCACAUACUGCAAUAAUGACAGUAAUGGCCAACUCUGUGCAAUGGGUACUGGGAGGUGUUUACACGGAUGUAAAUUAUCUACAAACUAUGGUGAAUUUUGUGAGGAACAAUGUAGUGAUACUUGUAUCAACCAAAGCUGCGACUUGAAAACAGGACAUUGCAAAGUCGGGUGUACAAUGAAUUAUUAUGGAUCAUUUUGCGACAAAACAUGUGCAGAUGCAUGUCAAUCAAAUGAAAACAAGCGGGUUUGUGAUGAUGAAAAUGGGAAUUGCUUGUAUGGAUGCAAAGAUGGAUUCCAUGGAAAGAUGUGUAAUAGCAUAUGCGACGGCCGAUGUUUGAACACAACCUGUAAUGAAAUAACAGGGAAUUGCCUGAAUGGCUGUAUACAGGGAUUCAAAGGACCGAAAUGCGUUGAAGCGAUACAGCCCGGUCAAGAAGGCCAUACAACAGGUACACUUAUAGGAUCUAUACUUGGGUCAUUUGUAGCUGGUGGUAUUAUUGUUGGAGUUGCCGCUUUGAUUGCCUUUAUUGUAUGGAGACGAAGAGAACAGAAUAUGUUUACUUGCACUGAAACCAGAUUAUCGGUGCAGGCGUGCUCAGAAUGCGAAUGCUGUAAAAAUGGACAUCUGUCUUGUGAUUCAAAUAAAAUUUGCAUAAGUGGAUGUAAAGCUGGUUAUUAUGGCGAGAAAUGCACAGAGAAGUGUCUUGAAAAUUGUAGAAACUGUGCUAAUGGUAAUGAAUGUACAGAGUGUCGACCUGGUUAUUAUACCAACAAAUGUAAAUUACUAUGUGGGAAAGGUUGUGUUUACAAUUCAUGCUCACUUUCAUCAGGAGAAUGUUCUUGUAAAUCGGCUAAUUUUGUCAAAGGUAGAUGUGAAACUUGUUUGGGAAAUAAGUAUGGCGAUGAAUGUAAUAAAACGUGUCCAAGUAACUGUGGCUCUUGUAUAUCAGAAACAGAAUGUUCAUGGUGUCAACACACGGUUUAUUACGGAUCAUAUUGUCAGUAUAGAUGUUCUGUUGGUUGUGUCAAUGGCAGAUGUAAUAAAGGAAAUGGACAUUGUACUUGGGGAUGCAAAUCUAAUUUUGUCGGAGAUAAAUGUGACAUGUGCUCGCCUACAUUAUACGGACCCUUUUGCGAUUUGAAUUGCACAGAAAAUUGUUCAGCAUGCUUUUCGAAAACAAAUUGUACAAAAUGUAAAUCAGGAUUUUAUGGAGAAUUAUGUACAAAUACCUGUCCGUUUGUUUGUAUAGGAAACUGUUCUUUUGCUGAUGGACGCUGUCUUGAGUGUAAACCAGGUUUUUCCGGAGACUUUUGCAAUAUUGCAUGUAACGAUGGAAAGUACGGUGUUGAUUGUUCGAAAUUAUGUCGUGAUAAAGAUGUGAAUUGCCAAAUGUGUAUUGUAAAUCAAUUAGGUGACUAUGGUUGUUGCACAAAAAAUGUAUCAGCAAUGAUAACAGACCGAGAAGGCUUUAGCGUGGGGACACUGAUAGGCUGUAUAAUUGGAUCAUUUCUCGCUGGUGGUAUUGUUGCAGUGUCAACUUUGUUUGCCUGCAUUACAUUGAGGCGAAGGUUUGGAAAAAAAGGAGAAACAGAAAACAAUAUAGCUCCUGAUAUCACACAUGAAGACGGCUCUCCUGUUGCAUAUGACGAUUUUAAUUCACGUGUCGACAUAGCAUACAGUCAGAUUUCUUCAAAUCAGCAGAUAUCACCACAAGAAGCUGUUUAUUUAUCCGCGAGCUUCCACUUGUUCACUUCAUAUGCACCAACAAAAGCAAGUGGUAGUGGUAGUGGUAGCGGUAGUGGUAGUGGUUGUGGUAGUGGUUGUAGUAGUGAUUGUGGUAGUGGUUGUGGUAGUGGUAGUGGUAGUGGUAGCAGUAGUGGUAGUGGUUGUGGUAGUGGUAGGGGAAAAUGUUUUUGUUCUGUUUUUGUUUCCAAAUACAAUCUGAUGAGAUUUGAACAAUUCCUACAUUGCGCCAGGGAAAGAGAAAAAAACACAUUUGAAGAAAACAGUCAUACAUUUUUCAUAUUUGUUUGGAAUCAUUAUUUUGGAAGUGCAAUGACAGGAUUUGCACAUGUAUUUCUGUUUACAGUACUCCAAAUUGGAUUAUCGAUGCAGGCAUGUGAAGAAUGCGGAUGCUGCAAAGGUGGGCAACUGUCUUGUGAUUCAAAUAAGAAUUGUAUUUAUGGAUGUAUAAGUGGCUAUUAUGACAAGAAGUGCACAGAGAAAUGCCUAGAAAAUUGUAAAAACUGUGUAAAUGGUUAUGAAUGCACAGAGUGUCGACCCGGUUAUUAUACCAACAAAUGUAAUUUACUAUGUGGGAAAGGUUGUGUGUACAAUACAUGCUCAGUUUCAUCUGGAGGAUGUUCUUGUAAAUCGGCUGAUUUUGUCACAGAUAAAUGUGAUGUUUGUUCGGGAAAAAAGUAUGGUGAUGAAUGUAAUAAAACGUGUCCUGGUAACUGUGGCUCAUGUAUAACAGAAACAGAAUGUUCAUGGUGUCAACACGCGGUUUAUUACGGAUCAUAUUGUCAGUAUAGAUGUUCUGUUGGUUGUGUCGAUGGAAGAUGUAAUAAAGGAAAUGGACACUGUACUGGGGGAUGCAAAUCUAAUUUUGUCGGAGAUAAAUGUGACAUGUGCUCGCCUGGAUUAUACGGACCCUUUUGUGAUUUGAAUUGCACAGAAAAUUGUUCAGCAUGCUUUUCGGAAACAAAUUGUACAAAAUGUAAAUCAGGCUUUUAUGGAGAAACAUGUACAAAUACCUGUCCGUUUGGUUGUAAAGGAAACUGUUCCUUUGCUGAUGGACGCUGUCUUGAGUGUAAACCAGGUUUUUUCGGAGACUUUUGCAACAUUGCAUGUAACGAUGGAAAGUACGGUGUUGAUUUUUCUAAAUUAUGUCGUGAUAAAAAUGUAAAUUGCCAAAUGUGUAUCGUAAAUCAAUUUGAUGACUAUGGUUGCUGCACAAAAAAAAUAUCAGCAAUUAUACAGGACCGAGAAGGCUUUAGCGUGGGUACACUGAUAGGCUCUAUAGUUGGAUCAUUUCUCGCUGGUGGUAUUGUUGCCGUGACAACUUUGUUUGCCUUCAUUACAAUGAGGCGAAGGUUUGGAAAAAAUGAAGAAACAGAAAACAAUUUAGCUCCUGGUAAAAAUAAUAUUAGUGGCAUGAUACAAAUUCAUAUCGCACAUGAAGACGGCUCUCCUGAUGCAUAUGAAGAUUUUAAUUCACGUGUCGAGAUAGCAUACAGUCAGAUUACUACAAAUCAGCAGAUAUCACCACCAGAAGCUGUCUAUGGUACAACUGUUGACAACAUGACAAGAUUGGUCUCUGUAAUUUUGGUUUUAGUAUGUCAGAUUGGAUUAUCAAUGCAGGCAUGUGCUGAAUGUGUAUGUUGUAAAGAAAACUUUACUUGUGAUUCCAACAAGAAUUGUAUCAAUGGUUGUAUUGACGGUUAUUAUGGUGCAAAAUGCACAGAGGUGUGUCUAGAAAAUUGUUCAAUGUACGGUGAUAAAUGUAACAACACGUGUCCUAGUAGCUGUGGACCUUGCAUAUCAGGUACAGAAUGUACCUGGUGUAAACAUACUGCUUUUUACGGAUCAUAUUGUCAGUUUAGAUGUUCAGUUGGUUGCAAACUUGGAUCAUGUAAUAAAGCUACAGGACAUUGUGUUCACAGUUGCCGAACUGGUUUUUCUGGAUACAAAUGUGAUACAUGCUCACCUGGAUUGUACGGUCAUUUCUGUGAUCUCAAAUGUCCAGAAAAUUGUUUAACUUGCCUUUCUACGACAUAUUGUUCCAAAUGCAAAUUUGGUUUUUACGGUGAAGCGUGUUCAAAUACCUGCCCUACAGGUUGUGAUGGAAACUGUUCAUUUAUGGGUGGUCGAUGCUUUGAUUGCAACCGGGAUUUAACGGAGAAUAUUGUAACCAUACAUGUACAAAUGAAACAUAUGGUGUUAAUUGUUCACAACUAUGUCGUUAUGUCGACAGACAUUGCUAUGCAUGUAUCUCAAGUGUAUCAGGCAUUUAUGGUGGCUGUACAACAUGUGACGGGGGAUAUUACCCAGUCAGUGCUUUUGGGUAUAACCAAAGCAUUUGUACAAAUUGUCCAAAUAACUGUAAAGGUAAUAUAUGCGAUACAACAGGGUUAUGCAAUAUUGGAUGUAUACAGGGAUUCAAAGGACCAACAUGCGUUAAAGCAAUACAACCUGAUCAAGAAGGGCAUACCACGGGCACACUGAUUGGAUCUAUACUUGGAUCUUUUGUAGCUGGUUGUAUUAUUGUUGGUGUUGCCGCUUUGAUUGUAUUUAUUGUAUGGAGACGGCGGUUUGUAACAUAUUUACGCA